UUGAAAAUUCAACCUAUGCUCUCAAAUUUGGAUAAGGCGUCACGGACUAUUCUUUUAUUUUAAUAAUAAUUUUGUUUAGGGGUUCUAUUGGGAAGAUCCACGAUGCCUCCCUUGUCCACGUGUCCCUCGUCCUUCGUUUUCAAGAAGAGAAUAGAAGCAGAGUACAAAUAACAGAGUCCACCCCCCACAAAACCCCCCGAAACUCCGCCACUUUGUAGAGAGAGAAGGAAGUGAAGGUUUUUGUUAGUUGGUGGUAAGGGUUUUUUUCGCUCCUGUUUGGGGACUGGGAAAGUGUUGGAUUGUUGGAGGGGUUGUUAAAUUUGGUAAAUGUACGUAGGUUCUAUGCGAAAGUCGUUCAAGGAUUCCUUGAAAGUGCUCGAAGCUGAUAUUCAACAUGCUAAUACACUGGCAUCAGAUUUUCCGAGGGAUUAUGAUGGUGCAUGCCUACAGAUGAGAAUGUCAUACAGUCCAGCCGCACAUCUGCUCCUUUUUCUUGUGCAAUGGACUGAUUGCAAUCUUGCAGGGGCCCUCGGACUGUUAAGAAUCCUUAUUUAUAAGGUUUAUGUGGACGGCACGACUACCAUGUCCACGCAUGAAAGGAAAGCGAGCAUCAGGGAGUUCUAUGCGAUAAUUUAUCCCUCAUUACUGCAACUUCAAAGAGGUGAUAUCGACACUGAAGAUAGAAGGCAGAAGGCGGUCUGCAUGGAGAGGUAUCGAAGAAGAGAUGAUGAGGAUCGUAUACAGUAUACUGAUGUAGAAAUUGAAAAAGAAGACGAAUGUGGGAUAUGCAUGGAGAUGAAUAGUAAGAUUGUAUUACCCAACUGCAACCAUACCUUGUGCUUGAAAUGUUACCGUGAAUGGAGAUCAAGAUCCCAGUCAUGCCCCUUUUGCCGUGACAGUCUUAAAAGGGUGAAUUCUGGCGAUCUAUGGGUAUUUACUGAUAGCAGGGACAUAAUCGACAUGGCAACAGUGACAAGAGAGAACCUUAGGAGGCUAUUCAUGUAUAUAGACAAGUUGCCUUUGAUUGUACCAGAAAACCUUUUUGACGCAUACGAGUCUCACCUAAAGUAAGUUACUAAAACAGUCUCAAGUUGCCUCUUCUGCACUCCUUGCAGGAGUAAUUCCACUAUGAUUCGGCAUAAUUGCUGGGAUUGUUCCGGCAAAUUUAGAUCAUCUAGAAGCCGCCGGCCUCCGCCAUGAAGGCUCAGGCCAGUGGGUGAAGUUGAGAUGGUUUAUUUAUAGUCAUCUUAUAAAUUGUAUGUAGCAAAUGUGUAUAUGCUUUUGUAUAGCCUUGAUUGAAGAACUUAUGAUGAUGAUUCUCUUCUUGAGUUGCUA